AUUCAGACGGAGUCGGGAGAGAGAAGUAACGUCCAACGGCCACUUUUAGCACCACAAAAGCGUCGAGGGUAACGGGGUUUGUAGGAAAUAUAGCUUGCUGUGCUUCCUGCAUAGUCCGCCGAGGGAUUGUAAAGGCUAAUCUCACAUAUUCUCGGACGAGGGGCUUCAUCAACCAAGCCUAAAGGAGUCGGUCUUCGGCUUCUUGGAGCAUCGUGCGCCGAGGUGAAUGUUUAGCCCGGCUCCACGAGAAAACAACGCUCUUUGGCACAUGAAAACCACAGAUCUUGCUGGAAACAAAAUUGCAGCGAGAAGUAGACAGAGAACUACUUCGAGGACCUGGGGCCCGAUUGGAGGUGAACGAUUGAAGAGAGACCACUGCUUCUUUAACUUUCUGACAACAAAGAGGUGACACGUAGUGCAAAAGCAGUAUGGGAGGUGGAGAGAGGUACAACAUUCCAGUUUCCCACCCUGAGCGCCCUUUGGCCAAGAAGAACCACCAACUUGGCCGGGCUAAGCAGAGAAGCCGUGACCAGAAUGGUGCAGCAGCAUCUGCAGGAGUAGGGGGCCUUCACCACCACGGCCACCGCCGGAGCGACAAGGGCGCAGCCUACCACAGGUCUCCAGAGGCGCGGCAGGCCGUGUCUGCUGAGAAGAAUGCUUCUGUUCGAUUUGCCACCCACUAUGAUCAGAACUGGGAGGGUGCAGUGUCUCACCUCAACACGCUCCUGGCCACACAAGGAAGUCCGAGCUACGCAGGGCCGAAGUUCAGCGAGCCACCCUCGCCUAGCGUGUUGCCCAAACCCCCCAGCCACUGGGUGUCCUUCCCGAUGGGCUCCUAUGACAACAGGGAGAUGAUGGCCUUCCAGCUCAAGAGCCUCCUCAAGGUGCAGGCCUGAGAGGGAUACCCACACUUCACAAAACCAAUGCAUGAACUGGGACUCUUUUGAGAGCACCCACCCACCAGGAACACCUCAGUGCUGUAAUACUUUUAACUGUUUUUUAGACUGACCUCUUUGAGUGUUAGGAGGCAUUUGCAGCAGUGUUUGCUGUGAAUGUAUUCGACACCCUUUUCUUUUUUUAAAACAAAAAACAAAACAACCUUGUAUUUCAAUACAUUACAGCCUUGUAGCCUUGCUGGUCGGUGAUGCUUUUAGUAGAGUCAGUUUCUGAGACUAAUGACAAACUGGAUAGCCUUUUGUACUUCUGUUUUGUUCUUUUUAAUCAUGGCUGUCAAAGCAGAUGAGUGUGCUUAUUUUCCAAAUAAGGGUUAUAGUAUAGGUCAGGUAAGUUCCCAUCACUUUUACGGUCCAUUUCUGUGGACAGACUAGCUUUAUCAUUUACAUAAGUUUUAUGAUGAUUCUUUAGAGUCACCUCUAAAGCUUCAGGUGCUAAAGCUAACAAUUCCGUAGCAAUUUUUUGACUAGGGCCCACCUUUUUUCUUAUGUAUUACGUUCCUUGUUUGGGAUGGAAAAGGCACUCAACUGCAAUUCUGCAGGGAGAAAAACUAUCUUACUGGAGUAAUAAGCUGUAGUGAGCAUGUACAGGUCAAAAGUUAAACCUCAAACUGAAGGGUAAUAAGAGACCAUGGCACACAGGCCUUGGACUGCCAACUCCUGUACCUUUUUUAUUGCGCUGUGCGCACAUGCACUAUAGGAGUUGAGCUUUUCUGAGGCUUGCAACACUCUAUCAUAGCAUUAUUUUGUACAAGUCCAUUUUUGUUGUAGUUGAAAGAUGUAUGAAGUGCCGUGUGUGUGUGUGUUUGUAACCAAAGCAAUGUUUUUGCUGUAACCCCCACCCCCUCUUUUUUUGGACAUCUGUGUGGUCGGCAUAGUUACCAUUGCCGCUUUGACCUUGCCAGCCGGAGUGGGUGAAUGGGUUAGAGUCCCUUAGGUAACUUCUAACUGUUCAUCCGUUUCAAUCAGUGCUGUUAUUACAACUCUCAAACCUGUUCAGGACAGUGCUGCAGCUUUUAACAUGCGGAAGAGGGCCAGGCUUGGAUGUUGGACUGAGUUUCACUUUGUCUCACUAAGCCACAUGACAUGGUCCUGUUAGCUGCGUGCCAUUGUAAGGUAUGGUAGAGCUGAGGAUGGGUUUCUGAAGUGAAGUAGCCCAAGGGACUCGACACGAGGCAGGUUUUAUGUUUACAAAUUAGGUCUGUAGUUGACCAUCGAAAAAUCAACACACUCUGCCUCUUGUUUACCCUCUUGCACUGCAAUCAGACAAUUUUUUAUUUUUAUUUUUUUUAAAUAAGUUACAGGCCAGGAUGCUAUUGAAAUGGAGGCGUAAUUGACUAUCUCCCUAUGGAUACUCUAUUUUUGUGAUGCAAUCCUCUAUUGAGGCUCUUUUUGCUUUCCCUUUGCAGAAUUGGAGCUGUUUAUUGCCAGCUUAAAGAUGACAAAACAAAGUAUGAUAGCUUGUUAGUGUGUUUAAGAGCCAUGUAAAUAAUGAAAUGUAUAAAGUACUUGUAGCAUAUGUACAUUUGCAGGCCAAGUUGGAGGCCUGUCUGACAAAAGUAUUUUUAGUAAUAACACUGAAUGUAUAAGACAUGCUAAGGACAUGUCUUGACUUCAAUGUCUUGACUUAAAUACUGAAGAAUAUUUUUGUUAAAAAAAUCUGCCUAAACAUUUGUCAGUACACCUGCACUGUUAUAUUUCCAGAGAUCUUGCACAUGUUUUUUUUUUAUUUUGUAUUAUGCAGUGUAGGGUGAAAAAUGCUAAAUGCAAAUGAAGUAAAAGUGCAACAAAAUAUCAAUUGGAUCCCAGAGGAGACUUGCUUGUGUAUGGAUUUGAGUUCUGAAUGUGCUUACAGCGUGUAAGUGUGAUGCUAUUAAUCUUGACCUGUUUGUGCCUAAGUUUGAAACUCAUGCUGAAAAUGACAUGUUUCAUUAGGUGGCAAUGCCACAAACUGACCAAAUGUUUCCAUCAGAACCACCUUCAGUUCUCAGCUGUUCUUCCGCCAGCUGACAACUGAACUUGGUCUCAUGCUGUAAAAGUACUUUCUUCUAUUGGUUGUUCAUGUAAACAUUUAUUUCUUGCCCGACUGUUGUGCAUGGCAAAGUCUCCUUGUUCUAAAUUUGAAACCUGUAAUGAAUUGGCUGUUAAUUUGUCCCUCUGAAAUGUCACUGACGAUGAAAAGAGAAUGCCCUGUUUAAGAUUGGUAUUAAUUAGUUUCUAAAAUAGCAAAUGUUAAAGAAUGCAUUUUAUGAAUUGAUGACAAAAUUUUACAAAAGAAAUAAAUCCCUUCCCCUUCCCCCCCUA